GUCAGGCCGGUCUCCCCAUGUACGUCGUUUUGACAUGGAUAUCGAGUCUUUCUCGCUGAUACACACUCAACUUUAUACGACAAAGUGGUAUUGCGGAAUCUGUAUCGCCCUUUGGUGGCACCACGUUGCCAAGUAUCAAGCAAAGUCAACGCCGAUGAUCAAUGGCGUAGCUGAGAUGCCACCUCCUAGGUUGUUGCUUUUGCUUUUGAUAUUUAUAAUGGUGGAUCUGGCUGUUGCAUCGCUUUUGUUUUCCCCGUAUUUCUUCCUUUGCGCCUUCCAGUCAAUUCGCCAUGUCGAGUCUCGAGUCCCCCACCCUCAGCCAUGUACCGACCUAUCAAUCGGAGUCGCCCCAGUCAUCGCGGCCUUCUUCACAUUUCGGUCAGCCUUCUCCUCGUAUGCCACCGUCUCCUCGCCGCCCUGAUAGACGAAUAGGUGAAGGCUUAGACAGUUGGUUUAUGAAGUUUGAAACAACCCUGGGGAACAUGGCAGUGGCCUCUGAAGAGCCAAAAUUCAAGGAAGAGUUGAGCACUAUUGAGCACUGGUUCAUGCUAUUGUCAGAGAGCGAGCAGACUGCCACUGUAUAUACGCUACUUCAAAAUGCCAAUCCUGGUCAAUUGCAUUUCCUACUGGCCGUCCUUCAACAAAUGGUUGACGCCAGUAAUUCUACACUCCAAGCUGAAACUGCUGGGAACGCAAGCUGGCGGCAACCUUCCCGAAAUCUGCGUCCCCCGAGCUUGAACUUGGCCUCCCCAGCCACAUCGGGCACCACUUCGUUUAGUACUUCGGCAACGAACCAGGAUCCAAUCAAUCGGAGUGCAGAGACGUAUACGGAUGAGCAAGGCAUUAGUCAGCAAGUCGUCGUCAAACUAUCUGAUGAGAAGAGCUGGGCUAGCAUGGUUAGCACCCCGAAUGAUAUCAUGUUCAAGAAGAGAUCGGACACUACCCCGAAUCCUGGCACGCCAGACAUGUUCAACAGUGGUGCUUUCCCACCCGCCGGUUUCAAUAUGUCCAUGCUCAGGAGCAUGGGAUUCUCGGACGACGCGCAAAUGCUCGCCAUUCAGUUGAUGAUGGGCAGUUUGAUGCAACCAGCCGGAGUAGCAAAUGAAAACACCCCACCGUCGCCUCAGCAGCAGCGGCACUUGUCCCAGCAACCUCGGUCACAGUCGCAUGCAGGUGCAUCGUCAAACUGGAGGGCCUCGAGCACCUCACGGUCCCCUGGGAGCGCGUUGAGAAGCUCAAAGACUGUCCCGAAGAGUGCCGGUUGGAAGAGUAGUGGUCUGAAAAGCGCAACAUCUGUCGGCAGUGGAAAUGGCAUCACGCCGAAGGAGGACGACAUCGACCCGCAGAUCUUGGAAGAUGUACCUGUGUGGUUGAAGAGCUUGCGCUUGCACAAGUAUACGUCCUGUUUCGAGGGGAUGAAUUGGAGGGAUAUCAUCGAGUUGGAUGAGGCUACCCUUGAAAAGAAGGGUGUAGUUGCUUUGGGAGCACGGAAACGGUUGACAAAGACAUUCGAUGCGGUGAAGAAGAAGAUGGGUAUGGACAGUCCGGCCAGUCUAGGUCCGGCCAGUGCCAGUGCGAUACUCGCGACAUCUUUGCUGAGUGCAAGUUUACCAACUGUUCCUCACAGCGCCGCCCCAUGAGGUGCAUCUGUUGUAUCCUGGCUAUUUAAAC